AUGAGGCACGGUAUCGGUGGAGCAGUCGCGUAUCCGCACCGGCGCAAAACGCACGUCAAGCGCUCCACGAGCAUCAUCUUCGGCAGGACGGGGGGAACAGUCAGUGACGCCGAGCUAGGUGCGAUGCACGAUGAAUUCGAUCCAUACGCGUCGAGUGGGACACCAGACGAAGAUGUGGCAGAGGAGUACGUACGAGUUGCAAGGCCUCUGCGGUCAGCAAAUGGCGAAGGAAGCGCGCGAAGGCGCGCCAAUAGCGCUCCCAAUCGCAAUUUCGGAUACUGGUACUUAAACGGGCACUCAAGCUAUGACGACCGGAGUCACCACAGCGGAAGGCCGCUGCACGAGACGCUGCAUACCGAAUUUCGCCCGAGCUUGCUGUCAGGCCACAUGCAACACCUGGACCUACAAGGUUUCAUGAACCUCGCCUUUGUGAUCCUGGUCGUCAUCAACUUUAGAGCGGUUAUCGGAAACUUCCGAAAGUACGGGUUGCUCCUGGAUAUACCGACGUUGUACAACUUUAAAUUGAAUGACUGGCCCCUGACGCGCUGCUGCAUCAAGGUGCACAUCACGAUAGUCUUCGCGUGGGCCAUCGAGCGGUUCAUUGCGCCGCUCUCAAGGAAGCCGCUCACUGUUCCCGUGGUGUUCCUCCAAAUGGUCAACCUCGGCAUCGUAUUUUACUACCCCUACCUCACGGUGGUCGUCUUGAAGACGCAGCCGGCGUGGUCGGCGCUGAUGCUCGCUACUUCGGUUGUAUGGGGUCUCAAGAUAUACUCGUUUCACCAUGUGUGUUUCGAUUACCGGCGUGCGGUAUGCAACGGUGAAAAAAUAUCGGACAUUUGCAAGACGAGAAUGGAGGCGAAGGCUGCGGCCAACUACCCGGGCUGCAUCAAGCUAACGGAGCUGUACCGGUUCCUCCUCAUGCCCACAGUUUGCUUCCAGUUCUACUACCCGCUCAUACGCAAAAUACGAUGGACACGGGCACUCAAGCACUUUGUGCAGUUCCUGUUCCUGCUCGCAGUGGCAAGGAUAAUCGGCGAUCAGUACAUAGUGGUGACCGUUACAAAUACGUUCACCAUGCAGGAGUUCAAGUCGGCGAACUUCUCUACCGUGGCCUACCACAUCCUUGACAGGAUGCUGCUGCUGUCUAUCCCAGUAUUGUACUGCUGGCUGACGAUGUUCGUCGUGAUUUUUCACCACUGGUGCAACUUCCUCGCCGAGAUCACGCGUUUCGGAGACCGACGGUUCUACGAUGACUGGUGGAAUGCGGCGUGCUUCGGCGAAUACUGGCGAAAGUGGAACCUGCCCAUUCACCAGUUCAUCGUGCGGCACAUCAGCAAGCCCCUGUUCAAGAUGGGCGUGCCGUGGGAGAUGAGCAGCGUCAUCGUAUUCACCAUCUCAGCGGCGCUGCACGAGUACCUGAUCUCAGUGCCGCUCGGACUCGGCUGGACAGGCUACGUCUUCUGCGCCAUGAUGGGGCAGAUACCGCUUCUGAUGAUCACGCGUGUUUCGGUGGUACGUGAAAUGGCUGUUGAGGAAUCUAGCAUUACGCAGUUCCGCAAGAACCGGACUCUAGGCAACGUGCUUUUUUGGUUCCUGUUCUGCUUCACAGGACAGCCGUUGGGUGUGUUGUUGUACUGGUACCUUUGGGGUGUAAAGCAGGGAUCUUUCGUCUAG